UGCUUAUCAUGUCUUGCAUUCAAAACGGGCGUGCUUACACUCUCAAAAACUGUCAGGCAGGUACUGUGAUGGACCUCUCUGGUGGAAAUAACUACUCCAUCAUCGGCUACCACAACAACGGUGGUCUCAACCAGUUGUGGAUCUUCCAGCAUAUUAGACAUGGUGACCAGCAAGGCUGGUACAUUAAGUCUGCUGGUUCUGACAAAUAUCUCUCGAUCGAGGGCGGAAUCGAUGACGCCGGCAAUGGCACCAAGGUCGUAGCUGUCGAGUCCGAGUCCCCUUUCUUGUGGGACGUCAAAGACUCUGAUAUAGAAGGCGUCGAAGGUUUGAGGAUAUUGGUCCAUGGGAAGAAAUUCAGCGUAGACCUGUCUGACAAUGGAAAUGCGACAGAAGGCACGCCAGUUCAACUUUGGACCAGGUGGCAUGGCCGUAAUCAGAUUUGGGAGCCUAUCGAGCGUAACUGGUGCGCUGAUUUCAUUAGACGACCACUGUUAAAAUGCAUAUCAUACUGACAUUAUGGUCCAUUCUAGAUCGCAACAGAGCAGAACUCUUGUACGCUGUGAAUUGUCAUGUAUAACAGAUUACUUGUGGAAAAAGAAAUGUCGUGAACGAAUUUGAUGAUUUCGCUGGACACAAUUGAAC